AGAACCACCUUCCAGCUGUCACUAACACUUCCGGAUGCCUCUACCGAGUAAAAGAUUAACCUUUUAAAAUCUAUCCGCGCAUCAGGGAUCAAGCGCGUGUAUUUCCAUUGUUAUUUUUUUGAUAAGUGUGGACCAUAACACAUUUCGGUCAAUACCUUGCAGAUGGUAAAACUUACAGACACUUCCGCAUGAGAUUUGAUUUGAUGGCAGUAAGGUUUGAAGCCAUUAUUGUUUUUUUUCAUUAUUUCAUCACAGGCAAUUGCUUUAUCAUAACAAAAAUAAUAAUCACCAAAGAUAAAAUACAGUUUAUUUAUUACCCAAAACAACAGGAUUGAAAUAAAGAAGGACAUUCUUUUUAUAAUACAGGCGAUAGUUGAAGAUGCUAUAAAUAAGAAUACCUGGACUAAGACCACUGAUGUCAGUAAUGCUAUUCAGUUAGUGGUUUACUACGGUCUUACAAACAGAGACCAUAUGCCAUGCGCUCUUCAGUCUGCUAAAGCACCUUAUGGCCCAGGCGUCGCGUUUAGUCCUGUCACAAUCCGAUUAACCUGUCGAAAAACAAACCAGUCGGUUUCAUUUCUAGUACUCGUGUUAUUUCCUCUUCGAAGUUCAUUGAUAAUUGCUUAUAGGGCUUCAUCGAUAGGCAGACGCUGUAAACGCGACUUAUAUUUACACAGACGAGUGUUGAUAAACAGGUGCCGGUCAUGAACACGUGCAAUGGCUAGAAAACUCGAGCGAGGAUAGAGCAGAAGUACAGUGUCAUGGAGGAUGUCCAGUCCAGACCCCAUUCAGCCCACUCUACAUACUCACAGACCACCGAGGAUGCAGCCUCUGGCUUGGGAAAUCAUGCUGAACAUCACCUUACUGUCAGUCAGACAGUGCUGGUGGUUCCGAAGCGCUCCGAGAGCCCCAAUCCGAGUGUGACUGAAGAGACGACAUACGUCCAUCGACCGGUGUCUUCAGUUGACGCCUGCACUAAUACAGACCCACCGUACGAAUGCUGCCCAUGGCUGCGCAGACUGUGCCCGUGUCCACCCAGAGGCCUGCUGGCUACCAUUAUCACCAAAGUGUCCAUGGCCGCAGUGCUCUUUGGGGUUGUUUGGUCCAUUACAGAGAAGGAAUGUCUUCCUGGCGGGAACCUCUUUGGCAUCGUGACCUUGUUUAUUUGUUCUGUAGCCGGGGGAAAACUGUUUGGACGCAUACACAUCCCAAACAUGCCACCUUUACCUCCACUACUUGGCAUGCUGCUGGCAGGGUUUAUCCUCAGAAACAUCCCUGUGGUGACAGAUGCAGUUUACAUUGAUGUUAGAUGGUCUGCUUCUCUGAGGAACAUUGCACUGGGGGUCAUUCUUGUCAAAGCUGGGCUGGAAUUAGACGAAAAGGCUCUGAUCAAGCUCAAAACCGUGUGUUUGCGUUUGUCCAUGUUUCCUCUGAUCUGCGAGGCCAUCACUAUUGCUGUGGUCUCUUAUUUAAUAUUGGGUCUUCCAUGGGUCUGGGCCUUUAUUUUAGGGUUUGUCCUCGGGGCUGUUUCUCCUGCUGUUGUGGUUCCAUCUAUGCUGCUUCUGCAUAAGGAGGGGUACGGUUUAGAGCAGGGUAUACCUACUCUACUCAUAGCAGCCUGUAGCAUUGAUGACAUCAUUGCCAUUACCUGUUUCACCACCUGCUUGGGUAUAGCUUUCGCCACAGACACUUUGUGGGUAAAUAUACUGAGGGGACCACUGGAGGUAAUAGGUGGGGCGGUCACCGGUGUGGCCUUAGGGUACUUUCUACGAUACUUCCCCAACAGAGACCAGGGAAACCUCGCGUUGAAGCGUUCCUUCCUGGUGUUGGGGCUGGCCGUGUUUGCUUUGUUUGGCAGCAAUGUGGCCGGGAUUCCUGGUGCAGGAGGACUCUGUACGCUAGUGCUGGCAUUUGUGGCUGCAUUAGGCUGGGGGAAAGCUAAGGCUCCAGUGGAAGCAGUGGUGGAGAGGUUUUGGCAAGUGUUCCAGCCUCUUCUCUUUGGUCUCAUCGGUGCUGAGGUUAUCAUUACUUCUUUAGAGGUCACAACUGUGUUUCUGGGUAUAGCAGCCCUGUUCAUCGCACUCACAGUACGCCUGAUUGUCACUUUUGUUGUGGUUCUGCGAGCCGGCUUUAACCUGAAAGAAAAAGUCUUCAUCGCUCUAGCCUGGAUGCCUAAAGCCACAGUACAGGCUGCGAUUGGCUCUAUAGCUCUGGACAUGGCGCGCUCCAAGAAUGAUCUUGAGCUGCAGAGGUACGGCAUGGACGUCCUCACUGUGGCUGUGCUGUCCAUCCUCAUCACUGCUCCUAUUGGAGCGCUCCUCAUCAGCCUGCUCGGACCUCGACUCCUGCAGAAACCAAAGAACCCUGAGUGGGCUGUCAGUCAAGGUGCUUUAUCUGCAUCGGGGACCCCGGUGACGUAUGAGAGCGCCCUGUGAUGCUUCUGGGAAGUGACAACUCAGCGUCCAAGGCUGCUGAUGAUCCCUUUUGUCUUCACAGUGGAUUCUCAAACUCAUUAUCACUGCAACCCUCUGAAGUCAGACUGCAACAGUGGCAGACUUGCUUUUCAGAUGAAGGAACACAACUCUCAUUUUUUUACCUUCAAAGGUGGACGGAAACUCUCAAACCACCAGGUGAAAAGUUAUUCUCAUCCAAAAGGUGGGAUUUUGAAGGAUGGAACACUAUAGGGGUCAUUGACUAGCACUAUCGAGUACAAAAACAUGUUUAUGAAUAUUUUUUUUUUUCUUACUGGCUUGUGUUUACAUUAGAUAUAUUACGGAUGAGUCUGCAGUGACUGCAUAUCAGUGUUACAGAAAGUUGUAUAGAUGCCAGUAAUUUCAUGACUAUGUUUUGAAUGGAAUACUAGCUUAGCAUUUACUUAGGACUGUGCAGUAUAUAACUUUUUAUAUUCACAGCUUGUCUAUAAUAAUAUAAUUAGUGCUGUCAAACGAUUUAACACAUCCAAAAUAAGGCUUCCUUCAGUUUCUCCAUUAAGUUGAGUACAUUGCAGGAUAGAGCAUUUCACGCAAGAGUUACAUUUUGGUAAAUUUAGUCUUUAUGUAGUGUUUAUCAAAGUAUUUUAGGCAUAUUAUAUACUAAUAAUAAUAAAGUAAAUCGAACUAUUCCAAACACAGUCAUGAAUCUGUGUUUUGAGAUUGAUCAGAGUAUUUUGCAGAUAUCUUGUCAGCUCUGUUAUACAUACAAUCAAUUACUGCUGGAAAAAUUACAUUUUGUGUUUACAGUGGAAGUCAUUUUAGAACGUGAAGAAGGAUUUUGUUUUAUUAGUAGUAAUAGAAGGACAAAUGGUAUAUUUGCCCAGCAUUGCACAGUUCAUCGUGUUACUCUUUAUUAGCUAGAUUCUUCUCCAUGAUUGUUUUGAUAAAAAGUGUAUUUUAAUGUUAUACAGAGUCCUAUGAAAGGGAAUUGUCAUUAUAACUUAUUUUGUGAAUGUUGUUAGUGGGUAAUGUUUACAGCUUCAAAUUUAGGAGGUUUGGUGUUGUGGUUAUGGUAAUGCUACAUGCAGUCACUGCUCAUUUAAGCUAUUAAACCACUAAAUUUAA